UGAUGACCUCUUUGCUCUUGCAUGAAUAUAAAUACGUAAACCUCGCUAGUUUCUUCAUACUACUUGUCAAAAUCCUAAAUAAGGGAAGGGUAGGGUUGGCUCUUUCAACAGGGUUGACGUAUCUUGAAGAAAGAGUUCUUUUUUUUUUUUUUUUGCUGCUAGAAAAAUGAUAGGAUGGGAAGAUGUUUAUAAGGUGGUGGUAGCCAUGGUACCACUGUAUGUAGCCCUAGUUUUAGGAUAUGGAUCUGUAAGGUGGUGGAAAAUUUUUACACCUGAACAGUGUGGAGCUGUGAAUAAAUUUGUUUGUUUCUUCACUCUUCCUCUUUUCACCUUUGAAUUCACAGCCCAUGUUGAUCCUUUCAAAAUGAAUUAUCUAUUCAUCGGUGCAGAUGCUAUAUCUAAGUUGAUAAUUGUGGUGGUGCUUGGUUUUUGGGCUAACUGUAGUAGCAAAGGCAGCUACACAUGGUCCAUUACAAGCUUCUCUCUGUGUUCCUUAACUAAUUCUCUUGUCGUGGGUGUGCCUCUGAUGAAGGCCAUGUACGGGCAAAUGGCAGUUGAUCUUGUGGUUCAAUCAUCUGUCAUUCAAUCCAUAAUUUGGCUUACCGUUUUGUUGUUUGUAUUAGAAUUUAGAAGAUCGAGACUUGACGUUUCUUCUUGUAAUAAUACUGAUACUGACAAUUUACAGAAGGAUUUAGAGGGAAGUAAUUGUAGUGUAGAUCAUAAUAACAGUAAUAGGCCUGCUUCUUUCUGGGUUUUAAUGAAGGUGGUGUGGAUCAAAUUGGCUAUGAAUCCCAAUUUAUAUGCCUGCAUCAUUGCCCUUUUUUGGGCUUUUAUAUCAAACAGGUGGCAUUUUGAAAUGCCAAGCAUCAUGGAGGGAUCUGUAUUGAUUAUGUCAAAGGCUGGCACUGGCACUGCCAUGUUUAGCAUGGGGAUCUUCAUGGCUUUGCAAGAAAAGUUUAUCGCUUGUGGAACAGGGCUAACUGUGAUGGGAAUGGUUCUGAGAUUCAUUGUUGGACCUGCAGCCAUGGCUAUUGGUUGUAUUGCUGUGGGUUUGCAUGGUGAUGUUCUACGAGUUGCUAUCAUUCAGGCAGCAUUGCCACAAUCCAUUACAUCCUUCAUAUUUGCUAAAGAAUAUGGAUUGCAUGCAGAGGUUUUAAGCACAGCUGUGAUAUUUGGCACCGCGGCAUCGCUUCCGGUGUUAAUUGCUUAUUAUGCCAUGUUAGAGUUUACACGUUAAUAUAUUUUAAAUGA